AUGGCGGACAACGGCAACAACGAUGGCAACAACGACAACGGACCGCCAUCUAAGCCAACGGAGAAUGAGAAUGAACGCCCACCAAAUACUCCGCAACCACCCCAAUCACCUCCAUCAACUCCGUUAAACUCAGAAAAUGAAGUUGCAAAUACACAACAGCCUCCAGAAUCACCUCCUUCCCCUCCCUAUACGUCUCCUUCAACACCGCCAAGCUCAGCCUCAGAAGACAGGACCGCACUGAUCCAUCGUGCACGCGCCUUUCUUGUCUCUCCAGACGUCGUACACGAGGAUCCUGCCACAAAACGGCGCUUCUUAUCCGAGAAAGGUUUGAGGGUGGAUGAAAUUGAUGGUCUAUUGCGCGAGCUACCUCCCCAGCUCCCUCCUGUUCCACCACGCACCUACCCUCAACCUCCUCCUUCAAAACUGCCUUACCUCCUUCUUGGCCUUACGAGGAUAUUCACGUGGAUAACAGGAAGCUCGGCGGUCCUUAUAUUCAUUUAUUAUAAAUUCCUCCUUCCCCGCCUCACACGCUCCGCACUCGCACGACGUGCACUCAAGCAACACCAAGUCGCCCUUCUCAAGCGACUCAACGCGUCUUUAGCAGACCUUAAAGGAACACAAGCGGAGGCGCGCACUGUCCUUCCGUCGCUCCCAACUCCUCUCGAACCAGCAGAGUUCACAGAGAUUCACACUCUCGACGAGCUCAAACUAGACGGAGAAGCUCCUAUUACCGUUCCAGCGUUUACGCUACUGAGAUGCACGAUCGAAGGACUCGCGAAGGAGGGUAAGAAGCCGACGAGGGAGGAGCUGUUCUCACUUUUGGAAGAGAGGUAUACGUGGUUGAAGUCUGAUGAGGGUCUUGCAUAUCAGGACUCACUCUGGGAAACACUAUCAACCAACCCCUCCUUCUCCACCUCCAAAGAAACCGACCGUCUCAUCUGGACGUACACUUCUCCCCCUCCCACCCAGCCCCAACCAACACCCCUCCAAGCCUCCCUAACAACCCUCCUCUCCUCCUUCCCUCCUCACUCCCGC